AGAGACGAAAACGUCCUCACUGAACAGUCCCGGCUCUCUCAGCUCCUUGAUUUAUUUAUUUUCCUCAUUCUUGUACUGCGGUCAUCUGUGAUGGCCUGUGCUGCAGCCUCUCUCUUUGCACUCUGUCUGUUUUAUGUCGGCUGCUUUGGAAAACCGGCGAUUUUGAAGGAGCCUGUAAAGUUAUCAGCUGACCGCGUGUGCACCGCCCAGGAGUUCACUCUGAUUCACCGGCUGAGGGAUGACAGCCCGCGGACUGUGGCUACACUGGUGAACGGUGUUUGGACUCCGGGGGACAGAUACAGAGAGCGGGUGGAGCACAGCUCCACAUUAAGCGUGUGGUUAACCCGUGUAAACUACAAUGAUAAGGGGUACUACGAGUUCACCUGCGCCGGGCAGGUCGUUACAACCAUCGAGCUGGAGGUCCUCAUGAUCUCUAACAACAAUCUCUCUGUGGCUGAAGGAGACACGGUCACGCUGCCCUGUUAUUUCCAAACUGCGGGUGACUCCGUGGAUUUCCUUGUGUGGGAAAGAAACGGAGAGCCGGUGCUGAAUCAGAGCCUCUCCGGGGAGCUCAGAUACGGGACUGGGUUUGAGGGCCGAGUGUCUGUAAGGUCUGACUGGUUUGAAGUGGGAGAGCUGUCGCUGACGGUGGAGCGAGUCCAGCUGGAGGACCGAGGUGAUUUCUUCUGCUUCGUUCAUAAAAGCAGCAGACAGAGAAGGGAGAGGGGGAGUCCUGCUGCUGUCAGAGUCAUGGUCAAUGAGAGAAGACUAGAUCAGACCACCAGCGCCCCUGUUCCUGAAGCAGAAAAGGAAACGAGACCUCACAGGUUUGCCAUCACAGCCACAACGCCACCAGUGGGUCUCAACUGGUCAUGGAGCACAUUCAUCAUAACAGCAGCAGGAUUUGUGGUCAUUGGGCUACUUGGUUUUCUUGGCUGGUGUCUGAGGAAUGGGAAUCUCAGAGGGUGUGCACAACCUGUUAAUGUAGAAACACCACAGCAUGGAGAAGGUAUAAAACUGACAGCAUCAGCAGUGGUGGUAGACCCCUCUGAAAUGGCAAAGAGGAUGUGGAAGGAGGGUCUGAAGAGGACAGUGAAUCAGACCGUAACAAACAAAAUAUGCAAAGGUCAAACGGACAGCUCUGACUUUACAAAGGGGUCAGACAAAAGUCACCCCCUCCUGCCUUUAUGAUUGUACUUGUGCCUAACAUGACUCUCAGGUUCUAAAAUUUCAUUUUUCCUUCUGUUGGAUCUGACUGCCGUUAAACAGUCUUUAAUCGAGUACUACUUUUAAAUCAUCUGCUUGCAUAAUUUAAUAUUAGUGUAUAAUUAAGACAAAAUUUCUCCCUCUGACACAAAGAGAUGAGCUUCACACUUCAGCCACCUUCAUACACAACCCCAAAAGCUAACAGCACAAAUAUCUUUGUAACUCUUUAAUUACAGAAUACUUAAUUCUUUGUAUCCUUUUUAUAGCGCGUUAAUUCAUGAUUUAUUCUGUUUAUGACUUCAAUCUUUUAUAACU